CUCCGCCUCCGGCCCAGUUUCGAUUCCGAGCAGCCCGCCCACACCCUCCGUGGGAGCCUGGAGCGGUGGGCGCGAAUGGCUAGCGCGACUACUACGAGCCGGACCCCCGGGGGGCCGGGCCCCGCCGAGCCUGAGGAGGCGCUUAGCUGGCGCUGCUCCGAGCACAGCGACCGCCCGGUCGAGCUCUUCUGUCGCCGCUGCGCCCGCUGCGUGUGCGCGCUCUGCCCCGUGCUGGGCGCGCAUCGCGGCCACCCGGUGACCCUGGCGCGGGACGAGGCGGCGCGCGUGCAGAAACUCAUCCAAGAAUGUCUCGAGCAUUUGGCAACCAAGAAGCAGCAGCACAUGGGCAGUAUAACCCAGAUAGAAGGUGCCGCGGAGAAGCUCAAGGCUCAUGCAGAGUCAAGUAAAGCCUGGCUGAAGGAGAAGUUCACUGGGCUCAGAUUGCUACUCGAUGAAGAGGAAGUGUUGGCCAAAAAAUUCGUAGAUAAAAACAUGCAGCUUGCCCUGCAGGCAUAUGGGGAGCAAGUUGAGUCUUGUAAGAAGCAAGCUGACAUCAUGAAUGAUCUCUCCAGCAGGGUCUGGAGUAUUGGCCAGGAGCCCAACCCUAUCCAGCUGCUGCAGGCGUACACAGCCACUAAGCUGGAGAUACAGCGGCACAUGAGCCUCGGGGAGCUGAGCCACCCUGUGCCCCUGUCCUUUGAGCCUGUCAAGAGUUUCUUCAAGGACUUCACGGAAGCCAUGCAGAGCACGUUACAGAUACCACUGGAUGUUCGCCUGAAGGAAAACUUGAAAUGCCAGCUGUCCAGCUCCUCCAGCACCAAGCCAGGUACCUUGCUGAAAACAAGUCCCUCACCAGAGAGAUCGCUCCUCUUAAAAUCUGUCCGCCGACCGCCUGACGGUGCGCUGCGGCCUCGUGGGCGGCCUGGGGCCGACGCCCGCGCUGCGCUUCGACGCGCUCUGGCAGGUGCUGAGUCGAGACUGCUUUGCCGCCGGCCGCCACUACUGGGAGGUGGACGUGCAGGAGGCGGGCUGCGGCUGGUGGGUGGGCGCCGCCUACCCGUCCCUGCGGCGCCGCGGGGACUCGGCCGCCGCCCGCCUGGGCUGCAACCGCCAGUCCUGGUGCCUCAAGCGCUACGACCUCGAGUACUGGGCCUUCCACGACUGCCAGCGCAGCCGCCUGCGGCCCCGGGAGGACCUGGACCGGCUCGGUGUCUUCCUGGACUACGAGGCCGGCGUCCUCGCCUUCUACGACGUGACGGGCGGAAUGCGCCACCUGCACACCUUCCAGGCCACCUUCCAGGAACCGCUGUACCCGGCCCUGCGGCUCUGGGAGGGGGCCAUCAGCAUCCCCCGGCUGCCCUAGGGCCCAGGCGUGCCCUCCCCCGCCCGCCCAUUGCCCCCACCCCCCAGGCUAGUUUCCGAGGAGCCUUGAAGGCGCCUGCUGUUGCCCUCCUCGCGGGCCUCCCCCACCACCGGCACUGACUACCCUGCUUUUGGAGCAGGUCCCUGAAAGUGGGGCGCCCACAGGUACCCUGAGCAUCCCGAGUGGUCCGAUCGCAUGGUCCUCGGCCUGGGAACCUCCUGGCACCUAGUGGGCACAGAGUGGGCAGGAAGGCCGGAGCUGCCUAGUGGUUUAAGGCUGGGCGAGGCUGAAGCCCAGCUCCGUGUCCCACCCCGUGCCCCAGGCAAGUGCCUGCCCUGGUCCUUUCCUGCCCUUUUAGCGUGGCUUUCAACCUGGGGGGGAUUUGACUGUUUCUCAGGGGGUGUCGGGUAGGAUUCAGCAGGUGACUGUUACUAUCACCCGCAGGCAGUCUGCCAACCGCCUGUCUUAGGGACGGAAAGAAGAGUUACGUGGGGCUUGAGCAGCUCCAGACAGCCUGGAGCUCCUCGGACCCCUCAAACCCAGGCGCUGCUGAGGAAACUCAGGAAGCCCAGUUUCUGGAAUGACAGGACAGAAAUAGAAAAAGCCAAAGGGGCAGGACCCACAGAGAGGCCUCUGGUGGCAAAAGGCUGCCUCUUCCCAGGGCCUGUGCCUCGGGUGUGAAGGUUCAGCAUCCUGUCAAUUUCUACGAUGGCUGUGAAGGUUCACAGUGUUAAAGCAUCUCAGGUUUACGGUGGAAGGUGAGGAAAGUGAAAGCUCACCCUUCCUUGUGGUUUAAAAAGACGCAGUGCACUUGUUUGAACCAUAUAAUACUGUUAAAACGCCACUUUAAUAUGGGGCAACACAAUGCAAGUAGAAUACAAGGCUGAAGGAACCAAAGUGCCUUUAGUUCUGACCAAAUAAUUUAAAACUAGCUAGACAGAUGUCAAAGCACUAUGCUUCAAGAUCCUGAGUAAAGGAAAAAUUAAUUACUGGACAUGGCCCAGAGCUGAUUUUUUUUUUGUCUUUUUGAGACCGUUUUCUUUUUU